UCCAGCUGCGAUUCUGCUUUACCAGCCACAUCACCAGGGCAACAUGGCAUUUACAGGCAAAUUCGAAUUUGAAGCCGAUGAGAACUAUGAUGACUUUGUGAAGAAAAUUGGUCUCUCCAGUGACAAGGUUGAACUGGGAAGGAAUUGCAAAAUAGUCACUGAGGUGCUGCAGAAUGGAAAUGACUUCACCUGGACACAGCAUUUCCCAGGAGGCCGCACCACAACCAACACAUUCACAAUUGGCAAGGAAGCAGACAUGGAGACAAUGGGUGGUAGAAAGUUCAAGGCAACUGUUAAAAUGGAAGAUGGGAAAAUAGUAGCUGAUUUUCCCAACUAUCAUCAUACUGCAGAGAUUUGUGGUGGAAAGCUAGUAGAGAUUUCUACUGCUUCUGGUGUGGUCUACAAAAGGAUCAGCAAAAAGAUUGCUUAAAGCAGUAAAGCCAGUCUCUUGCCAUGCACUGAAAAACAAACAAUACAAAUAAA